AUGUGCUUCGCAGCUUUUGCCUUAUUUGCCAGUUCAUUUAUAUGGAAUAAUAACAAUGUAUAUAUACAACUCGGUUACAAAGGUUAUGGAUGGCAAACCUUAAUAAUUGGUUGUCUUCUUAUCAUCUGGAUUAUCAAUGUGAUUAACUUAUUUGCGCAUAUAAGUGGAACAGAUUUGAUCCAGGAAUAUGGCAAGUCCAAGUUAAUAAUAAUUUAUGGAAUAUGUGUGAUAAUAGCACUAAUUGCUGCUCUUCUUGAAACUUGGAAUAGUUCUCUAGCAUCACAAGAUGAAAACAAUAUCCUUCAUCCACGUUUUGUUAUCUCUGCAGUAAAUAUUUUGUUGGCUUCUAAGCGCAUCGCAUAUUUUCACCAUAUUAUUGAUUCUACUACAGUGAAACUCGGUAUUUUACUGCUUCAAGUUUUGCAUCAUUUCAAUACUCCUCAAGGAUACUCUAUAUUAGACUGA